GGCUCCGCCCCUCAGCAGAGGCCUUCUGCGGGUCACACAGCAGCGUCAUGGCGGCGGGGCGAGCGUUAGCUUCGCGACCAGCCGUCUGAGAAAGCCCGGUAAUCCGGCAGGAUGAACCUGUGCGCUCAGUACCUGCGCCAAGCAGAGGCCCUGAAGGCUGACAUGACAGACUCUACUCUGGGGGCGGCAGAGGUUUGGACAUCCCGUCAGGCCCUGCAGGACCUGUACCAGAAGAUGCUGGUGACAGACCUGGAGUACGCUCUGGACAAGAAGGUGGAGCAAGACCUGUGGAACCACGCCUUCAAGAACCAGAUCACCACGCUGCAGAGCCAGGCCAAGAACCGGACCAACCCCAACCGCAGCGAGGUCCAGGCCAACCUGUCGCUGUUCCUGGAGUCUGCGAGUGGCUUCUAUACGCAG